AUGGAGGUCCGAGCUCUCUGCAUCAGACUGCUGAUGAAUGUACCGAUGCUGCUGGCCGCACAUGUGCAGCAGAGUUCUCCUCAGGCAGCUGACGCAGCUUUUCACAUCGUCCCAAGCAGACUGCAGCUCUUUGAAUAUGAGUCUGUGCAUUUCACCUGUGAGGGGUUCAAUGUCUCGGCUGUGUGGAAAGUGAGGACCGAGACUGAAUUUGUUUCAAAAUGUUCAAAUGGCACCGAGAAGUCAACGGCGAGCCAUACCAUUACCUAUGUUUUAUCAUCGGACAGUGGAGAGUACUGGUGUGAAGGCGGAGGGAAGAGGAGCAGCGCCGUCAACAUCAGUGUCACUGCUGGUUCAGUGAUCCUGGAGAGUCCUGUCCUUCCUGUUGUGGAGGGAGACGCUGUCACUCUGAGCUGCAGACACAAGACGUUGUCCAACCUGUCAGCUGUCUUCUUUAAAGACGGCGUCCUCAUCAGGAACAGCUCUACAGAAAACAUGACCAUCCACAGUGUCUACAAGUCUCAUCAAGGACUCUACAAGUGCAGCGUCCCCGGAGCCGGAGAAUCACCGGAGAGCUGGCUCACCGUCAGAGCCUUUCAAAGAGAGGCGUGUGACCGUGAAGACCGCGUGAUUUAUGUCCUCCUCUACCUGAGGACAGUGUUUACCGUCGUGAUGGUGCCUCUGCUGCUGCUGCUGGUGGGACUGCUGCACUGUGGGAAACUCAGGGUUACGCAAAAAUAA